UUGGCCAUCACUCUUAGCAACCAUCUGCGGCGUCCUCCACAGAGCGGUGUGGGAUUCCUGUGUUAAAGUAAAUCAGCGCUGAUUUAACGAGGUUUUAACCGGUUAUGGGACUAAUUUUGACUGGAGGUUUUGUAGGAAGAGUGGAAUAAUAUGGCUCCGAGAAAGAAAGGUCCUCUGCAAACGGUGCAAAAGGAAACAGACGACAUUAAAAAACGGGUCGACGCUUUGGUGCGGGAUGUGAACAGACUGGGUGUGUCUGAGGGAACAGAGUCACUACAGAGGUGUUCAGAGCUGCAGAACACAGUGACUGCGACUUUGGAGAGGCUCAAGAAGUUAACGAAAGCGGAGGAGUCAGCUCCAAUAGGGAACUAUGAGCAGCUUAAAAGAGAUGAAGAGGAACGUCUCAGGGCUCAACAGGACCGACUGAAAGCUCUGGCACAGAAGCUGCAGCCUGAGGACAACUCAACGGAGGGUGAGGAGGACAGUGCUGAAGAAGACAGCGAGGAGGAGGAUGAAAGCCAGGAAGAAGAUGAGGAAGAUGAUGUUCACAAUGAUAAAACCAAAGAAGAUGCUGCUGACGAUGAAGUUGAUGAAACUGCACAAAACUACACAGCUAGAAAGGGCAUUAGAACCUAUGUGGCUCUUAGUGACUUCACAGGAGAGGAGGAGGGGGACCUUACUGUACAGAAAGGGGCUGUUCUGAGAGUCCUUCAGAAGAAUGAGGAUGGAUGGUGGCUUGCCCAAGACGCAAAGGGGAACAAGGGCUUGGUGCCCAGAAACUACCUCAAGGUGAUUUCCCCACAUGACCAGGGUCAGGACACCGAGGAGGAGGAGAGUGAUGAAGAGCAGGGGGAUGGCAAGAAAAUUGCUGAAGACAAACAAAGAACACUGCAAAAUUGGGAUACCAUCCGAAGGGCCGUCACUGAGAUUGAUGCAACAGAUGUGCUGUCUGCAAUGGGAGCAAUUCCCCCAGGAUUUAGAACCUCAACACUGUCCAGACUGCUGGAGGAAGGUACUUCAUACAGAGCUAGUCAUUACAUUCAGCCCAGGCUCAGCCAAUCAGAGCUCUGCUUUAAAGACCUCCAAAUGGACCCAGACACUGGCAAGGUUCACUCGCGCUCGUCUCGAGUGUGUUUAACUGUGACUUUAUGGAGCUGCAGGAUGAUCCCACCUCCUGGGGUGGGUCUACAAGUCCUCAGCAGGCAUAUUCGCUUCUGUGCUUUUAAUGGGACUGAGGUCUUGAGUAACAUACACACAGUCAGAGCUACGUACAACCCAACCAGUCCAAAAACAUGGAGCUUCUCACCAAGGAUGAGCAAUAUGCUGCCCUGUCUGCUGGAUGGGGAUUGUUUUAUACGCUGUGAUUCGGACUCCCCUGAACUGGGAAUCCUGUUUGAGUUGGGCAUCACCUACAUUAGAAAUUCCACAGGAGAGAGAGGAGAUCUGAGUUGUGGUUGGGCCUUCUUGAAACUUUUUGAUGAAAAUGGAGCACUUAUUCCUCUACGAACAUAUGAGCUCACAGUCCAUGGAGGGACCCCAUAUGAGGCUGAGGCUGAUGCAGAUGCCACAUCUACUAAAAGAGGCACUAGUACUGGUGUGCUUCAGCAGAUGCUGUUGUCUAGGAAGUUGCCCAAACUCAUAGUCAAGCUCAAGCCGCCAAAGACUCGCGUGAGAGAACAGCUCAAUUUGCUGCCUGAUACUAUAACAGGCUGCCUGUCCACAGUCCACCUGCUGUCUCUAUAUCGACAGUUGCUUGCAGAUGCAUUGCUUUUGGAUCGGGUCACUAUGCAGAAUGCAGAUCUGAUCUGCAAUGCAGUUCUAGCUACUUUCCCAGGGGUUCUGGAUCAGUCUGACCUGAUGGAUGCUUUCAGAAAAUUGUGGACUGAGUCAGAAAGCAACCUGAAGAGGUCUGAGAAGAAGGACAUAACAGUACUGAAGAAGCAUUUCGAGAGUGUGUACAUGAGUGGCGUGUUCCCGCUACUUCACUCAGCUGAGAUGCCAGUGUAUUUCUGGGCCGACGAGAACACAGAGAACCAGCGGGCCCGUCUCAUCUACAGCCCUGAACACAAGAUCAGCAGAGAAACCAUGCUGUCCUCCAGUCAUACUCACCAAGCCUUUGACAUCUCUCAGGUCAGCUAUGACCUCCUCACCUCUGCCUGGCUAUGACGAGUCCCUGCCCAGCUCAAAAACAAGACUGGCCAAUCAGAACCAUUUCUGCACCAAUCCACAAUAAAUGCUGGACUAAACAGGCAUUGAGGCCUGACUAGUCAUCAUUUUUCCUAUUUCCUAUUUCAUGGUUUGUAGACUCUGCUUAUAAUAAUAAUAAUAAUAAUAAUAAUAAUAAUAAUUAUAAAGUUUAAAUAUCUAAAGUUUCAUCUCAGUCCCAGCACCAUGUGAAAGAUCCCAUAUGCCUUGUAUUAUUAUGCUGGUCAACAAACUAAGUCAUACUGGUUGACUGGCUAGGUCAGAUUAAGCUGGCUAAACAUCAAACAUAUUAGGACGUAUCCUAUGCAGAUUAAGUAUAAAAUCGAAAACUUAAAAAAAUCCAAUCCACAAAUUAAUUGGAAUGCGCAGAUUUGAAACAAAAAGUAAUAAUAGUAACAUUUCAAAUCUAUAAAUGUGUAAAAAUAUUUGCAAUAUAGAACCAGUUCAAUUCUUUACACAUCUCAAAUUCAGUAGGUUUACCUUAUUUUUAAAUGGUUAUUCACAGUUAAAUUCUUUACAUUACAUAGAUUAAUAAAACUAUCAACAAAACAUAUAGAAUUAUUAAGUGUACAAAAAUUAUUAAACAAACCAGAAUAUGUUUUAUAUUUUACAUUCUUCAAAGGAGCACCUCUUGCUUAGAUGACAGGUUUGAACAUCUUGGUAUUUUCUCAGUCAGCUUUAUAUGGUAGAAUCACCUGGAUCUGACUUUUACCUCAGCAAUAAUCAAAAUAUAGAAUUAAAUAACAUUGCUGUUCCCUUAAAUUACCUGCUGUCGUACCUUCAUAGCAUGAACGCGCAAGUUAGUAUCCUCUGUUGAGACGUGCAAAAGCGCUGUGCUGUUAAGAUACAAACCCGCCAAAGUCAGAGCGCACCUGCCUCUUAAAGGAAUAAUAAGUGACACACUGAUUUAUGGUGACGCUGGUUCAUUUCACAUUAUGCCCAAAACACACCCAUGAAUAUUUAACCCUUGUAUGGUGUUCAUAUUUUUGUUACUCGUUUACUUUGUUGUAUUUAAUUCAGCAAAAUUAAGCAAUUCUACAUUAAAAUGUUUUACACAUGCUCGCUUCACCUAAAUUGCAAGCAAUAUAAACAGCUUACAUGGGUAAUAUUUGCCCUUUACCUUUCUUAUGUUACAUUUCUUUCAAAAAGUGCUACUCUUUUUUUAAUUAGUUUUUUUAAUAAAAUGUAAAAGAAAAUGAAUUAAACUCAAGAUAUGAGUAGAAAAUGUGUUUAGUUUCAAAUUUACAAAUGAAGCAAUGUUUAUUAGCCCUUGGCCAAACAUACUGUAUGUAAUAUAAAUGUGUAGGUGAGGGGGGGUGUACAGUGUGUGUUUUUAAAAAAUGUGUUUUGAUAUAUGCUUUUCACAAAAAAUGAGCCAAUGGCAAUGAGUUUGAGUUAGAAAAAAUAUUUUUUUAGUAUCAUUUGAUGAAAAAUGAAAACGGGUCCCACAGACCCGAACACCACACAAGGGUUAAGAGAAUUAGUUUAUGCUGUUUGCACCUUUCGAGCUGCGCAAGGUGUAUUUUUUGGCGUCCUCACGAUACCAAAGACACACCAAAAAAAAAAAAAAACAACCCUCCCUAAAUCGAAUUGGCGCCUCACAUAGCUCGAUAAAAUAGGACCCUAUAAGCUUUUAAUACGUGUUUUCCACAUUGACUGAAGAAGCAAACUUAAAGAAUAAAACAUGUCUAAUACAGAAGGAAUUGGGAUAUAAGGGUUAAAAAAAGUCUUCUUCAAAUGUCAUCUUAUCAACACAACAAUCAGUGUCGCUGCAGUUUAUGAACCGUUUUGUUUGCUUAGUAAAAAAAAAAUGAGCUGUAAGGUUAAAACAAUCAUGGGUGUGGGUGCUCGUGUGUCACAGGACUGCUCACCUCUCUUUGUAACUAAAGGACUGAAGUGGCCGUUUAAAUAACGGCCUAUUUUUACCAGGCGCACCUCCCACCCCAAUGCCACUCCUACAUCUCCUGCUGCACCUCCCUCCACCCUUUGCUCAGACGUCUUUCUCUCCUCCCUCCCUCUUUUGGGCACACACCUGUUUUUUUUUUCUUUUAUUUCCAUACAUUCCAAUCCUGUAAAGCAUGGCAUGCACCUUUUAUUAAAUCACACACACCUCGCCCCACAAGAUCCGUGGAGCCGUAUGAGUUCAGCCAAACUUAGGAGGACACCCAUACACACCCUCAUACAGCGUAAUGAGUAAUAUCAGAAACACAGUGGCUUAGGUGGCACUUUUGUGCUCAGGCGCAAAUCAGGAUUGCCCAACGCUGGUCGCCUUAGUCACUCUAACCUGUUCUUGGUAAUCAUAGGUUAAAUGCACACAGUGCCUCUCAGCAUCUCUCGGUGGGUGCAGCCUUAAAGCAUUAUAUCUGCAUUGCUUCUGCUGGUGUAAUGCCAAAGAACAGGAAUAUCUGCUGUAACGGUUCCUGACUACAGCUUAAGAAACUUAAGAAACACCUUAGAAAAACUGUCUGUUGUCUUAAAAAGUAAUUUAUGUAUAUAUAUAAAUGACAUAUACAGCUGGAAAAAUUAAAAGACCACUUUAGUUUCUGAACCAGUUUCUCAGAUUUUGCUAUGUAUAGGUUUAUGUUUGAGUAAAAUUAACAUACUGAUGUUUUAUUCUAUAAACUAUGAACAACAUUUCUCGCAAAUUCUUUUUAUUUGCAGAAUAACAAAAAAUUCGUAGAGCUUUCAGAAAUAGAAGUUCAGGAAUCAAUAUUUGUUGGAAUGACGCGUCUUGGCAUGCUCUCCUCCACCAGUCUUACUCAUUGCUUUUGGAUAACUUUUUGCCACUCCUGGUGCAUAAAUUGCUUGGUUUGAUGGCUUGUGAUCAUCUAUCUUCCUCUUGAUUAUAUUGCAGGGGUUUUCAAUUUGGUCAAAUCAAAGAAACUCUGUUAAGUGGUCUUUUAUUUUUGUCCAGAGCUGUAUAGCAGCAUUGGCUGUCUCAGCAUCAUCCAUGCAGAAUUGGACGAAUGUGCUCUAUACUUGAGCCGAUUCAUACAUUAUACUUGGCAACCUGGGUGUGGAGCAGGCAGAUUAGUGCAUUAUACUCGAGAAAUUGGGUGUUGGCAUGGACAUUGGCUGCGUAUGUAAAAGACACAGAGCUUAGCCCAGUUAAUAGGAUUGUUUUUUUUUUCAGAUUGUUUAAUUAUCUAGUAUAAUAUGUAUUUUUUAAGGGUUUUAAUAAUAGAUUUAUGAAAGAACAAAGUGUGCAGGAAUUUAGCAUUGUUGAUUGUUUUUAGAUUAAUUCACUUUUCUAAUAGGAAAAAAAAAUUCAUUAUUAACUCAUUAUUAAGGCCCAGUGAUGUUUCCCCAACAAUUCCAUUCUUCAAAAGUUUGCGAAAAAAGUGUGUUAUUUAUUACAAUUGUAUUACAUUUAUUUUAAAAUAAAGUAUUUUAUUUUGUUACA